UAUAAAAGUCCAGCGAUGGCCACCAAGCGACGACCGCUGCGUCCCAAUUUGGGCGGCAAUUCCGGUGGCCCCUCCUUCGCCGGCGGCGGUAGCUCCAAUAUGAAUUUCAGACCCGGAGGACCCGAUAUCACCCGGGCGGAGGCGCGUGGCACUCGGCCCACGGCUGCUCCAACUAGCAUCCGCGAGAUCCUGGUCAUGGGCGUCAUCCACCUGUGCAAGAAGACCAUAUUUUUCAAUACCGAUCUGAAGGUGGCCCUCUAUUUGGGCAGCCUGUUUGUGAUCUCCGUCAUCGGGGACUUUGUGCCCUUCCCAAAGACCUACUUCGCCCGUUCGGACAACCUGUUCAACCAAUACUUCGUGAAGGUGGGCUGGGGUUGGACCCUGCUCUUCGUAGUGCCCUUCCUGGUGCUCUCCGCCUAUACGAUCACCUGCGGGGAUCAUAAACGGAUGCUGAGGCACCAUUUCCCGCGCAUCGUCAUCGCCACCUUUUUCUGGUUCUUCUGGACGAAGAUGUUUAAUGUGGUGGAGAACUCCUAUGGACGCUGCACUACCAAAGGCUUCCAAAGCAAAUCAAGCUGUUUGAAAGCAGGACAUCUCUGGAAAGGCUUCGACAUAUCCGGUCACGCCUUUAUCUUGAUCCACUCUAGCCUGGUGCUGAUCGAGGAGGCGCGUCCCAUCAUCCGCUGGGAGACCAUCAAGGAGCACAUCCGCAAUGAGCGUCACAAUCGCAGUUCCUCGGAGAAUUCGGGAACAAAUCCUUUGAGGACACUGAAUGAGGAACAAAUGCGCAGCCUGCAGUUCUUGUACAAACGCCUCACGCCCAUUAUCCGAACCCUGUUCAUCGGCAUGGCCGCUCUGCAGCUGCUGUGGGACAUUAUGCUGGUGGGCACCAUGCUGUACUACCAUCGCAUGAUCGAGAAGGUGAUCAGCGGCAUUAUUGCCAUACUCACCUGGUACUUUACCUACCGCUUCUGGUAUCCCACGCCUGGUUUGCUGCCCGAGGCGCCUGGAAAUGGCAGCUUUAGCUAUCAGCGAGAGAUACCCAGCUUCCCUUUUAAGCGUCCCUCGCAUUUAUCAACGGGAGGAGCCGCCGCUGCUACAAGUUCGGGGUCUAAUAGCUCGAGAACGAACCUGAAUGGCAAGGCGGGAACGACGGGCGUGCCGAGGGAUCCGCAGAUGCCCACGUUUAUGGGCAUGCCGCUGUUCACCAGUCCCAAAGCGGCCAGUGCAGCUGCUAAUCUGCUGAUGACCGAGCAGCAAAAGAGGGAAAGGGAGCAACAAACGCUGGAGAGCUGAGCCUUUGCAUAUCAGGAAUUGAUUAUUAGGUGACGGAUUGGAAUUGAUACCAAAUUUUUGUAUAUUCAGCGAUGAAUCAAGAUGAUAUUACUAAGCAGCCGAGGCUCCGACGUUUCUUACCAUGACACCCCAUUACCACCAUCCAUUAGCAUCCUUCAUCAGCCAGCAGCGCGUAGCUUUAAGCGUUCUUAUGUUCGUGUGUUUAUAUGUGCCCAACUUUAACAGUAAAAGGAUUUGUUAACAAA